AUGGAGCUAAAACGCGACAAGAGCCAUGAGGGAGACCACGAGAGGAUAUCACCAGUGCUCCUCAAGUCACGAACAGGGGAAUUUGACUUGGAAUCUAUACUUUUUCUGAAAUUGAGAAAUCAAGGAAUACAUGACCUGGGAUGCAUUGGGGAGUGUGUGAAUAUUGAGAAGCUGGACCUGUCUGGGAAUAACGUCAACAAUCUAUCUUCUUUGGCAUCACUCCGGCUUCUUUCUGUUCUGAACUUGUGCGCAAACCGGAUCUCUAACUUAGAUCCUCUGCGAAAUUGCGAGUCGUUGCAGAACAUAAACUUGUGCGGUAAUCUCAUAAACAGCUUCGAAUGCCUUUACGCUCUUCAAUCUCUGAGAAAACUUGAAAAUAUCCGCCUUAAAGACAACACGUAUAAUUAUUCCAAUCCAGUUUGCAGAAACGCUGCUUACCGAACACAUGUUUUAGAAAUGUUUCCCAACAUCAAAGUGCUCGAUGGUGAGAGAGUCGUCGGCCGAGGGAGUGAUUUGUACCAAUUAUGCAAAGAUAUUGACGAUACUAUUAAAGCGGGUUCGUACAAAAAUGGGCAGCUGGUUGAGCAGUCGGACUGUAAACCGUGGGUGGAGGAUCAUUUCUGGGAGAUCAAGAGGUCCAACAAUGCCAUAGUGGAUGAAGCCUAUAAGCAGUUCAAUGAUGUUCUUCAUGAAUGUAGGCUUCUUAACAACAGAGCGACUCAUGUGAUCUCUCAGACGGAGCGAUCGAUGAGCCUGAAGAAGCAGUCCAAGCAGUACGCCUUAUAA